AAAACCUACUUUUAAGCUUCUUUUUCGUCUUCUCGUUUGCAUUAUGUGGUCAGGUGAAUUCGUUUUGUGCCUUGUCAAGUGAAACAUUGCACUCGGAUCUAACUCAGGCAGCUGUGCGUUCCUCGGAUUGGCUGAGACAAAUCUACAAAAGCAACUACACUGAUCUAUUGGCAUAUCGAGCGGGCUCGCUGAUCACCAUCCUGCGACUGGCCGGUCAUAUGCCCAAAACCUUGCUGUCGGAAUUCAAAGAUAGACGCGGAUUUACCAUUGAGGAAACACUGAAGAAUUUUCUAAAUGAGAAGAAUGGUGACCUGUCGAGCAUAGCCAAUCCCCAUUUGGCCCGCGUUAUCCAUAGCGUGUUGGCACUUUGUCAGGAUCCGAGAAAUUUUCACGGACAUGACCUGAUAGCCGCCCUCAAUUCUGGCUUCGGUCGCUUCAAAAAGCGUCGUGAUUUCAGCAAUUAUUUUGGAUACAGCUUGUCCGUGAUUGCCCUGUGCAAUGCUGGUCAACCGGUUCCGAAUGAAGUUGUGCAAGAACUUUUAAAAGGAGCUUAUAGGAAAGUCUCGUAUCACUCCAGUGAUAUUGACUCGUUGAUUUUGCAAGCUCUCUCUUGUGUCGCCUACAGUCCCUACGCAACAAUGGAAAGUAAGGUGUACGAAGCCUCGGAUAUGAUUGUUAGAAGGUUGAUCUUGAAGCAGAACAGGACGUCAGGAGCAUUUGGCAAUCAGAUCUCCACAGCGCUCGUUGUCAUGGCCCUUCAAGCAGCCCGUGUCCACACGGACAGUUAUUACUGCGACAAGGCGAUGAGAAAUAUUCUGACUUAUCAAAAUGAUGAAGGUUCAUUUGGAUCAAUUCUGGCGAACAUUCCCGUCAUUCCUUCACUCUUAGGCCAAUCGUUUAUCAGUCUGAAAUAUCUUUCCUGUCCUGCAGAGCAAACCUCGACCGUGGAACCGCCACCGAUCAUCAGAGUUCAUGUACAAAUUGUCUUCAACACAACCAAUCUGAGAGUAGAGCCAAUAGUACCUGUAGAAAUGCCACUUGGCAAAACAGCGUAUGAUGCCUUAGAGCUGGCGAAGUUGCAAAAUCCUUGCUACACUGCAACAUUUGCGAAGCUAUCUUGGGGGAGAUCCAUCACAAGUAUAUGUAGGGUUGCUAAGAAUUGGAAGCUCGGCUACUAUUGGUUAAUAUGGGUCAAUGGCCGCAAAGCUCUUAGUGGGGUCGAUGGUAUCAAGCCGAGAGAUGGUGAUACUAUUACUUUUAAAUACGAAAAGAUCACUCUUUAGCGAUAGCAAUGCCAUUCAGAGCAAUGAAAUAUUUGAACUGUAUUAUGCAAUAAAAUUAAUUAACAUGUAGUUCAGACAAUUACAUUGUAAUG